CCUCACAGCUCCACUCACCACAGUGUCUGGCCCUCAGCCAUCUGCCAUUUAUGUCGGUCCUUCUCUUCGCCUUCCAAGUGCCCCCAGGAUAUGCGCCUUCUUCGCACGAGAGCUCCAAUGCUGGAACUUGUAGAGGUCGACAAGGAACAGAUUGAAAGCGGAGAGAUACACUAUGCGAUUCUCUCGCACAGAUGGGGCGAUGAUGAAAUCACAUUUCAAGAUAUUCCCUAUCUGCAUAAUGAUGAAAAGAAGAAGACCAAAGGCUACCAGAAGGUCAGGCGCUUCUGCGAAAAAGUCGCAAAUCAUUUCGAGUAUGCCUGGAUAGACACUUGUUGUAUCAAUAAAGACAGCAGCGCGGAGCUGUCAGAAGCCAUCAACUAGAUGUUUCGUUGGUAUAAACGGGCGGGCAAAUGUUAUGCUUACCUGAAUGAUGUUUCGCCGAGUGCCGAUCGGGAGCAGCUAUAUGUCAAUAUGAAGCGAAGUCGGUGGUUCGAACGCGGUUGGACACUCCAAGAGCUGAUCGCACCCUCUGAUGUCAUGUUUCUUGCCAAGAAUUGGACUGAAAUAGGGUGCAGGAAGAGCCUCAGUGCAUUGAUAUCGGAGAUAACGCUUAUUGAUGAGUCCGUACUGCAGGGGGAUUCGCACCUGCAAAGGUUUAGCAUUGCGAAAAAGAUGUCAUGGGCCUCUGGCCGAGUAACCACGAAACGUGAAGACAUCGCCUAUUGCCUGAUGGGCAUUUUUGACGUUAGCAUGCCAUUGUUGUACGGAGAGGGUGAUAAGGCCUUCAUAAGACUGCAGGAGGAGAUCAUGAAGGACUCAGACGAUCAAACACUCUUUGCGUGGGAGAACUCCGCUGUUUCGAUGGACCACCCGAGUGGCCUGCUUGCUCGAUCCCCGAUGGACUUCAGGAACUCGGGAAAUAUAAUCCCUUUCAAAUUCUCCAAGGCAACCAUGCCAUUUUCGGUGACCAAUAGAGGUAUAAGACUUGAUUUGCCUCUACUGAGAGCCCCGGAUGUGGACGUACAAGAAGCGGAUACAUGGACACCUGGUGUUGACAUCCUGGCUCUAGAGUGCCGGGAUGCGUCGAACUCCUUUUUUCCGAAACCAGUUGGUGUAAAGCUCAGACAAAAGCCCGGCGGGCAUAGCCAGUUUCUGAGGGUCCAUCCCAGUUUGGAAAGAAACAUCCACUUGAGUCAGCUGUACUACACCAGGUCCACUACGAUCUAUGCCGAAAAAACGAUGACAAGAGAAUAUGUCGAGUUGCCAAGAAUGAGGAGGCAGAACAGGAAUCUGAUUCUAUGCUUGGACGGUGACAACAGCCAGAAUUUUAAAACCGGAACCCGCUCUAACAUUCAGCUCAUCCAUGAAUUGGUAGGUGACACAGAUGACUUACAAAACUGCUAUUAUGGGGAGGUCGGUGGCAGUGGCAGUGAACAUGUUCAACUAUGCGUGAUGAGGGCAUACCAAGUUAGCUACAUCAGUCCCCUCAUAGCAGCCACGUUUCCGGCAAGGCUAACCCCUUUUAUCAAGUGGUUGGCGAGAAAAUAUAGCGACAAGUAUGAUAUUUUUAUCUUCGGAUUUGCCAGCGGAGCCUUUGCGGCACAAGUCCUUGCACAGAUUGUUGACAACGUGGGAAUUUUCCAAGUUUCAUAUGUUUCCAAUCACCCGGAACGCAUCUGGGAUAUAUAUGAGGACUGGUACCGUGCUGUCAUAGGUGGCGAGGGCGGCGACGAGUGGGAAUACGAAGAUACUGCAUCAUCGCUACUUCGCAUAAAUAAAAUGCGCACGAAGUACUCUGAGCUAACAGACAGGGUUACAUUCCUGGGCUUAUUCGAUACGGCUAUGGCCACAUCGGACCUAGGAGUUAGGUUGACCUUUCACACUAGUUGGGGGCGGCAUCGCAAUCUUCCCUCGGAAAUUUCCCAUCCUGCUCUUAUAGUUCGCCAUGCAGUAGCACUGGACGAACGACGAAUUGCCCUGCACCCGAUCCUCGUUGGAGAACCGAUGUUUGAAGGCAUACAGGACGUUGAGCAACUCUGGUUUUCAGGUAGUCAUGCUGACAUCGGAGGGAUUGCAUACUCGGCCAACAACCUCCCAGUAGCCGGCGAAAAAGGUGGGAAUCUUAGUCUAAUCCCUCUAGUUUGGAUGAUCUGCGAGGCUGCGAAAGCGGGCCUAACCUUUGACCAAGGAGCUCUACGACAACUCUUUGGUGGAAACCCGCAGAAAACCAUCAAAGCGGCUUUAGAUAAUGAUGGUGAUCAUAUCAUCUACAGUGUGGUUCCAAGUGAUAGGCUGAGAGAGACAUGGUACCGAAUCGCCACAGUAGCCAAUAAACACCAGGAGGAUCAGUCUCUGCUGUCAUCCAUGAGCGAGUUUGCCAUGAGUCCCCUGCCCUAUCUCAAAGUCUAUUUGCAGGCGUUUGCAAUGGAGGGUUGGCCCCCUUGCUUUACCGGCGAACUAUCCCUCCCGGUAGUGCCGUGCAUAGCACAGUUUUUCACAGGAUGGACGAACACACGAACUAUUGUCCGGUUAACCUGAUGAGAUCAAGGGGAAAGACAGGCAUAUAUACACAGUGGCCAGCGUACAGAGUGAGAUAUAGGGGGGAUCCUGUCCGGGAGUGUUGCAUUUUAGAAUCCUGACCCUUAAUGUACACCGUAUUCGGAC